AAAUAAGGAUAAUUCUAUAUAAUCAGCUAACAUUCUGCUCCUUGGUAGAACACUGAAUAUAUCUUUCUCUACUCUCUACGAAUGGCCCCCAUACAACCCCGCAUUCCUUGCGCUAUAAAUAGAUGGGGAGAUGUUUCCCAGCCUUGUCUCACUCCACACCGUCUAUCAAUCCAUCUUCAACAUCAUUCAAUGAUCCAACCGAUCAAGAUGAGUGAUGAAUCUAGUACACCUCAAAACGACUCCAUGAUUUCAAUCGGCUCCCACAGCCUCUUCGUCUCGGUAACUGGUCUCCCUCAUACCAACGGCGAUCCCCCGAUCGUCUUCAUACCUGGCAACGGCGACGUCGCAACGUCCUUUGCAGCCGUCGAACGCGCCAUCAAAUGCUUCGCAACAGUCGUUCUCUACGAUCGCACCGGUCUAGGACGCAGCGAAGACGCGCCCACUCCAACAAACCCAACCGCCGUUUCGUCCGCGAUCGAACUACACACCCUCCUAUCCAACGCCGGGCUAACAUCCCCGGUAAUCCUCGCCGCCCAUUCAUACGGCGGCAUCAUCGCCCGCGAAUUUCUCCACCUUUACCCGGACCACGUAGCUGGGAUGGUUCUCAUCGACGCCGCAUCCGAACGAAACAGACAUCUCUUCGAAACCCCCAACCUCGAUCUCCUCGCCGUCUUCGGUGGUUUGGACUACGCCCGAGUAACCGGUCUUCGGGAUCGGUCGAAACUCACCCGGGACGAAUGGAGGACGCGCGCGAUCGGGAUGGCGCGGGGCCUUAAAACAGGCCAAGCGGAGGCCACGGGCGGGAUUCCGAUUUGCAAGACUCUCGAGGAGAAGAAACAGUAUCUCACUCGACCAUUAGGGAGUAAACCGCUCAGUGUGGUGGGGUGUAAUUCCACCGGUGAUUAUCGGAAGCUGUUUGACAAAGCGGUCGAGGCUGGAAAUGGAACAGAGGAGCAGAGAGAGGCGUACAGGCAGUUAUUGGAAGUUUGGGUUGAGCAUGAGCGGGAAUGGCAGGAGGAACAAGUGCAGCUUUCGUCGAAUGCGAGGUUUGUUCAUUUGCCUGAUUGUGGACAUCACGUUCAAAUCUUAAGGCCGGAUGUGGUGGCGGAGGAGAUUCGGUGGGUGAGAGAGCAGGUUCUAAAGAGGGCGGGGAAGCUUUGAUUGAAUAUCCGAAAUAAAAUGCCAAUGUUUACAUACACUGUGAUAAACAGACAGUUACUCUUAUUUCCAUUUUGCUAUUCUUUCCUAUUGCAAUGUGGAAGUUAUGUGACAAGAAAUUCGUUAUUUGACUUGGCAAUUAUGCAAACGCGGGAUGAUUAUGCCAUCUCUUCACUGUUUAACAAAAUCUUCUCCUCCGAUAACAAUGAAGACAUUUUACUCGACA